AUGAAAUGCUUCGAGGCAAUUCAGAAGGUCAAUCCACGCACCGUGAGACUACUUGAGUUCAUUUCUCAAACUGGAUCAUCCUCCAUCCCAAGAACAAUUCUUGCUGGUCCUGGAAUCAAGGGUGGAAAGGCCGAACUCGAAGAGUCUAUCGGUCUAUUGUGUAGCUUCUUUCUCUUGGCUCCAAGGCAAGGGGGCAAUAUGUUCGAUAUGCCCACUAUCAUUCAUUUAUGCAUCCGAGUAUGGGCUAAACAGAAGAAAGCUUCCAAGGGCCUGACGGAAACAGUAACAAAGCGCCUAAAUGAGCUUGUCCCGCCGGUGGAUUGGUCGAAGAGAUUAGCCUGGAAGACGUACCAGGCUCAUGCUAUCCGUGUCCUUAAUAACUGUCAAGAUCUUGAUCUGAGACUGGACGAUCGCUUUCAGCUUAUGUGUAAAGUCGGAUCUUGGCUCGUAAGGCAAAGAAACAGCACCCUAGCAAUUCCAUGGCUUCAGCAAGCUGUGGAAUGGGUAAAGAAAUCCUCAUUCAAGUACUCCAAGCGGCGUCUUCGCAUUGAACUCGACCUUGCAGAAGCCUAUGCCGAAACAGGGCAGUCAACAAAGGCGAUUCAACUUUCGGAAAAGGCAUUGGCAUUCCAAGGGAAGCAUCUUCCAAGAGAUGAGAGCAACUUGUUGGCGGUAUCAUGUGUUCUCGCAAAGUGCCAUCGUUUUAACGGUGCGCCAAAGCAUGAAAUUGAUCGCCUGGAGAAGCUCAGGAGAGCUGGCACUAAAAAGAGCGCCAUGGACAAGUUGAUACUCCUGGGUGAACUGGGGAAAUGCUACAACUAUGCUGGAGAGUAUGAAAAGGCAGCUGAGAGUCUAGAGAUGGGGAUCGACGCAGCGGAAAGCAAAAUCGCAAAAGACGACCCAAUUCUCAUUGCUGUCAAGAACCACCUCGCCUAUUCAUACGAGCACAAAGGCGAACGGAAGAAAAGCAUAUCCCUUCUAGAGGAGACUCUACCGAUGCAGCAGCAACUCCUAGGCAAAGCACAUUUCGACACCCUCAAGAUUCAAGUAUCCCUCAUCGAGCAAUACCUAAAGAUCAAGGAGCUUACGAAGGCCAUUUCACUUUUAGAAGACCUGGUACCUAUUCAGAGGAAGACUCUUGGGCUGGUACAUAAGAGGACUAUGUCUUCUGAGAAUAGUCUUGCGGAGUCAUAUCUUCAGAACAGAAAUGUGUAUACGGCUUUGAAGUUGUAUGAGCAUAUGGUUUCAGUGCGUCAGAAGAAUUUGGGGCCGGGUGAUGAGCAGAGGAAGUGGGCGGAGGCGCGUUAUGAGAAGUGUAUUGAGACCUGGAAGUGGACUUGGGCCCGGAGAUGA